GCUGCUGGAGACCGACAGACGAAAGGGCGUCCGCUUCCGCUGCUGCCAUUUACCAGCGAUCCCAUUCGCGGGCGGAAGAAGACGGAGAAGCGAGCGCUUGAAACCGCAAAUUUCCCCCAAAAGAACUCAAACAGUGACACUUUCUUGGGCUUGUCUCCCGGCCUUUGUCCAACAAAGUACAUGUCUCGAAAGUAAUUAAGGCGACGGGGGACCGUGAAGCUGCUGGCCGUUGUUGAGUUGGUUCCACCACAGAGGAUUCCCAUUCUGCAGCUGGAAUAAAACAUGAGCGAUGGAAUGGUAGUGUCUGAGAAAAGAUCCCCUGUCCACUUUGCUGGAACGCUCCUGUCUCUGCUACUCUUCCUGGCCACCGGUUCCAAAGGACUCGGUUCAGAAUGUCCACGGCCCCCCAGUGUCCCCCACAGCUGGGUGAACCUGACAGAGACCAACAAGGGCUUCUUCCCCCUGGGCACCGUCCUCCAGUAUGGCUGUGACCAGGGCUUCACUGUGGAUGGGCCCAGCAUCAUCUCCUGUACGGCUUCGGGACGCUGGUCUUCAGACCCGCCUCGCUGCGUGCGGACGGACGUGUGCCGGCCGCCCUUCACACCUGAGAAUGGGGGCUACACGUGCCACCCAUCGCCUUGUCACCGACUGAUCUCGGGCACCGUCAUCGAGUACUUCUGUGAUGAGGGCUACGCUCUCAAGGGGGAUUACAAGUACCUCACCUGCCAGAACGGGGAGUGGGACUCACCCAUGCAGAUCAGCUGCCGUCUCAGCCAAGGGAAAGAGGUGCCCUCCCAACUGGGCAUCCCCACGCUCUCCAUCGUGGCCUCUACCGCAAGCUCAGUGGCCCUGAUCCUGCUACUCAUUGUGCUUUUUGUCCUACUGCAGCCCAAGCUCAAGUCCUUCCACCACAGUCGGCGGGAACAGGGUGUAACCGGCCAGCCGGUGUCCAUUGUGGUAGAGGGGGUGCAAGUGUCCCUGCCCUCCUAUGAAGAGGCAGUUUAUGGCAGCGGUGGCACCUUUGUACCCCCUCCGGAAUCACGUGUCCAGAUUGUGCUGUCAGAGGGACCACAGGCGGAAGGGCCAGCCCGGGCCCUAGGGGAGGAUGCUACACAGGCCGAGUGCAGUCUGCCCUCCACAUCAUCCCUCCACUCCGAGAUGGUGCUGGUUCACCAGAUACCCUCCUCCACCUCCUCUGGCUCCACUCCCUCCUCUUCAUCCUGGGUCCCUGAACAACGGCUGGACUCGGACAGUAGCGACCAGCACAGCCUACUGUCCCUGGCAUCUGCGGAAGACUGCGCUGAUGACAUUCCUUUGCUGAAGGAAGCUUGAAUGCGGCCGCAGGCCCACAGCCUUGACUGAGAUGUUCCUCAUUGCCACUCCCCUGCCAUCCUCCUGGAACGUGGCACCCUGCGCCUUUCUCUGAACCACCCUGCCCUUCAGCACUCUCUGAGAAGGCAGGCCCAGCCUUCCUGCACCGGCAACGACCGCCACCAAACACCGUCACAAACAUGCAGUCAUUAAAUUUCACUUAAAAUACACAGAUAUAAACGUGGACAUUGUAUAUACUUAGUUUAAAUUUUAUUGGGUUUCUGGCAGUACAUCCAUAAUGUCCCCUGAAGUGUCCACUGCUGUCCCACCACAUAUGCUAGGUAAAGACCAAAAACUAAGGGGGUGUGUUUUUUCGCUGUGGUAAAGCUUCAGUGUGCCAGACAUAAAUUUGAGCUCCUUCCCAAAUAGUGAGCUUUUUAUAAAAAAAAAAAAAAAAAAAAAUCUAAUUUGCUGCAUCAGAUUCCUGUCACCCCACCUUUGAACUUGCCUUGUGCUGAAUGUCUUCCCCAAGGAAAAACACUUGAAGCAUGUCAGACAGAGUGAAGGAAGACCAGCACUCAUCACUAUGACACACCCCUCUGCACCAGGGGGUGCAAGGGAGCGCAUGUGCAUGUGCACACACCCCAGAAAGGAAAGCACUUCUCAAUGAAGCAGGAUCCCUUUAAACACUUUUCUCCCCUUAGUAUUUGUGUGUGUUUCCCUUAAUGGCUGUAAGAAAAAGUACACCAGUGUGUAUGUGUGUGUUUGUGUUGGCUUGCUCGCAGGCUCCCUUCCUGUACACAGAGGGCUGCGAGCACCUCAGGUUUCUUGAAUAGCCACCGACAACAGAGCUACAACGAGUCACCGUGUUUUCCCAUUUAUCACAGCAAUUUCCUCACAUUCUGCAAUAGUGUCAGGCUGCCGUCCAACUCGGAGGGGAGGUGGGGAACACACUGCAUUAUGAGAAGGACAUACAGAUUGGGGUGGGUAAUACUGGUGGUCUCAAUCGCAUAAGUUAGCUCAACUUGCACGUAUCUGAAUUUUUUUACUUUGAUUUACAGAUAAAUAUAAAAACUUUGCACAGAUGAUUAUUAUGGCCAAGCAGUGUUUUGGAUUAAGGUGCAUUAUGUAAUGUUACGAUUAUUUAAGUCAAAGUAAUUGCAUUGGACAUGAUAAAAAUUCUAUUUAAGGUUACUAAAUGUAGAGGGAAUAAUUUGAGGCCUGUACACAGAUUGGUGUUUUUGUUCUUUUAUUUUUCUUUCUUUAUAUUUUACCAUUGUCUCUGAGAGCAUACAUCAGAAAGAAUACAUAUGUCAUCUGUGUAUAUGAUUCACUACCAUUUCUGUCUUUCACACACUCAGAUUUUUAAGCUUUACUUCAGCUAUGCGAACUAAAGUUGGACUGGGAUUUGUGAAUUGGGAAAGUUUUCUCCCCCCCACGCUCACUGGGUUACUGGGGCGACUCAGGUGGUUCAGCUGAAUGGCACACGUUCCUGUCAGUCCUUUUAAUGAAACUUUGUGUUUUUGGUUUUUCUUUUCUGGUUUAUGGAUUGUCUUAUAAAAUGCAGACAAGGAUAUAGCGCCAAUGAUUCCUAAAGGCCUUAAGUUUUGGUAUAUAUGAAUACGCAUCAGCUUUGGAUAUUUUUUGUUUUGUUUUUUUUAAAACUACAAAUUAAACUUAAGUACAGAAUGUCGACUGUGUUUCCCAAAGCAUUGACAAUGGUGAGAAGCCGCUUCUGGAGAUUUAGCCUGAGCACCGAAAGAUAUUAUUUGUAUUUAUUUCUUUUGAGUUUUAAAAUCAUUGUACAAUGGAAAAACAUUCUAAUUAUAUUCAUGUCCAGAGUGCCGUUGUACGGCAAUGCUUCCAGCUGUUUUCUGAACAUAGAAAACACAAAAGAGCCGUGUAAUGUCUUCUCUGUUCAGUUUUUGUACCUGUGAUGGACAUGCCUGGACUGAUAGAUCUACAAACUCAACAUAAAUUCGCUUAAAUGACACAAUUUGGACAAAAAAAAAAAAAAAUGUCUGUACAGAAUGUUUUCUUUUAAAUUCUUUGUUUUGGUUUUCCUUUGGAACUCUGUACAUUGCAAUGGGUGUGAAGAUAGUAUUUUAAUAUUUGUAUAAAGUUUAAUUUAAUUAUACACUGUAUAUACCAAUUUCUAAUUAAAGGUUUCUUUGAAGUGUGAAA